GCAGGCAGUGCAGCCUAGAGACGCUGACAAAGGACCGGAGGAGCAGUCGCAGCUGCUUUCCGAGGAGCCGGUGUUGCCGAGGUAAAUUGGAUGUGUCAAUUUAGCUCCCUGCCAGCAAUGUGAAGAACAUGCCUGAUUGCUCCCACCAUGUGCUAUCAAACUCUUCAUUUUUUGCCAAUCUGACAGAUUGCCAAAAUGCUUUGGAGUUUUUAACUGACUUUAAGAAAAGUCCAAAAUACAUUUGAGACUGUAAAACCAGAAGCUGCAGCAAGGGGGAUUUUGUGCCAAUGCAUCAACAAAAAAGACAGCCAGAGUUAGUGGAAGGAAAUCUUCCUGUUUUUGUGUUUCCCACGGAACUAAUAUUUUAUGCAGAUGAUCAGUCAACACAUAAGCAAGUGUUGACUCUAUAUAAUCCCUAUGAGUUUGCCUUAAAGUUCAAAGUUUUGUGUACUACUCCAAAUAAGUAUGUUGUCGUUGAUGCUGCAGGUGCAGUAAAGCCUCAGUGUUGUAUGGAUAUUGUGAUUCGUCAUAGAGAUGUUCGAUCCUGUCACUAUGGUGUAAUAGACAAAUUCCGUCUCCAAGUUUCCGAGCAAAGCCAGAGGAAGGCUUUGGGAAGAAAAGAGGUUGUGGCUACUCUUCUCCCUUCUGCAAAAGAGCAACAAAAGGAAGAAGAGGAAAAAAGAAUAAAGGAACAUUUAAGUGAAAGUUUAUUUUUUGAGCAGUCAUUUCAACCAGAAAACAGAACUGUCUCCUCAGGACCUAGUUUACUAACUGUCUUCCUGGGAGUGGUGUGCAUUGCAGCUCUGAUGCUUCCUACAAUGGGGGAUGUGGAAUCGCUGGUGCCUCUCUACCUCCACUUAAGUGUGAAUCAAAAAUUAGUGGCUGCUUAUAUCUUAGGUCUUAUCACGAUGGCUAUACUUAGAACAUGAGCAGGGAACCCAAUUGACUUCUGAAGUAAAUUUACCUUGAAAAUAUGAAUGUGGACUGCCUUUUAUCUUUAUUUCACUCCAUUAAUAUGCUACAAACUAUUGAAUGAUUUACAAUAAUUAUAAAUGUAUAUUUUAAAUUACUCUAUAAUUUUAUUCAAAGGACUCCAGCACAUUAUGUUACAGACAGCAGGAUGCUUCUGAGUGACACCUAGGAAAUUAUUUGAAGGAAUUCUUUUUAUAUCUAAACCUAUUAUGCAAAAGUCUUUAUUUAAAACAUUUGUUAUUUUCUCAUCUUUUUUCUAAUUUACUUUGUUAAGGUCAUGUGUCCUUCAAAGUUAAAGGCCUAAAAGACCAAACUGACCAGCCUAAAAAUAAAAUUAUAUUUAUUUCCUAGCUAGGAACAUCAACGUUACUAUGUAAAUUGCGCCUUGUCCUCUAUUAUUAUAAACAGUUGCCAUGGUGUUUAUAAGAAUUUUACAGUUAAUAUGUAGAGAGUUUUUAAAAAAUGCAUAAAGUACUGAGGUAUCAUGCUUAUCCUAGGGCUCACAGAAGAUAGGACUAUAUAAUUCAUCUUCUGAAUUACAGAAUAGGUUCUGGUCCAGAUACCAAGCAUGUGGGUUUUUUUAAACCUCAUAAAAGUAGGGUGACCUCCCUUUGGUCUAAGAAUUCUAAAGGAAAGUAGGCAUGUGUUUAGUUAGUUGGUCCACCCUGGCUUUACCUCUGGAUAACGCUUCAUGUUAAUAGGAGGAAAAAUCACUUUAUCUUUUUUCCCCAGCCUCUUGCCUAACUGUAAGGGAGUAGCCCAGACUGGGAUUACUUAAUGCCGGAUGGUUUAUGUGGAGAUUUUUUUUCACCUUUAAACCCUAAGCCACGUAUAGAAAAUCCUUGAUAUCUGUGUCUAUUUUGUAUCAGUCACUGAGACAUUUUUUAAGUUUGUAUUUAUUAUUAAAACAACUUUACCAAAAAAGUCCCCGAAGCACAACUAUUUACAUUUCGUUAUAGCCUCUUCUAAUCUCUAACCUAUAUAUGCAGUUUUCACUGUUAUUGUCAUAGUAAUUGAUCUUUUGACUUAAGAUUUUUAUCUGAGAGCACAAUGUAUUAAGAGUCUCUUGAAAAUCAUCUUUAAGAUCUUUUUACAGAAUGAAUUUAUGCACUGCUACUGUAGUAUUCUCAAGGAAUAUAUGUAAACACAAAAUAUAUGCUUGAGGUUGGUUUUUGCAGGAAACUAUACUUUGCUUCUAAACUAAAAGCUUUUACAUACACUCUUUAAAAGAAAAUCCUCAUUGUUUAACCAUUUGGGGAGCAUAAAUCAUUAAACGGAUCAUGUCUGUACACUGUAGUGAGUGAAAAGCACAUAAAUAUUAAUGUAAUCUAUUUUGAACUUUGUAGAAAAAUCUUAUGUUUGGAGGCUAUCCUUGUUUCUCUGUCCAUCUCAAGUUGUGUGUGUGUGCAAGUGCACGCAUGUGUGUGUAUGUGUGUGUGAAAACACAUUGUAAAGAAAUUACUUAAAAAAAAUAAAAGAAUGGAAACCCAAGAUUCACAUUGAUAUACACUUUUUGUGUUGCUCUGAAGAACUCAAAGUUUUAGCUCUCCUAAUUCCUGAAGCUGUCUCCUGUUCCUGUGAGUUAAAUCGGAAAAAUAAGAAGUGAAAUUUGUGAGUUAAAAUGUCUGAAAUGUCUUAAUUUACCAAGGGAGUUAAUUUGUUCCUUUUUAACUUAUUGAAUAGGUAACAGUCACAUGCUUCAAAAAUCAAAACUAUAAAAAGGUAUGUAAAGUCUUACUACUAUGCUGUACACCUGAAACUAAUAUAAAAUAAUAUUGAAUGUCAACUAUAAUUUUAAAAAAAUAG